CAAUUAUCGAGAUUGUCGAAGACCUUAAAAGUUGUCUUGACGAUCAUUAUUCAUUUGGUUGGAGCUCUCGCAAUUCCUUACAUAAAUUCAUGGCCGCUUCGAUUUGGAAUACCGGCAAUAUGUAUGCUGGUAGCAACAAUUAUCUUCUGGAGAGGCCGCUUUAGGUCAUCGCAUGCUUCCACAGAAAGACCCAAAGAAAGACCCGUAAUUACUGUGUUGAGGGUCCUUGUUGCUUCUUUUUUAGGAACAUUCGAUAAAAACUUAACAAACUCUGCUGAGCCGAAUGCGAGAGAAGAUGAUAGAUCAAUUGUUCGUAGUUCUCACCUCAGGUGCCUACAUAGAGCUACAAAUUAUAAUUUAUCAAAUCAUAAUCCGGAGUUAGAAAUAAAUAGGUGGAAGCAUUGUACGGUUGAAGAAGUGGAAGAAGCCAAAAAAGCCAUAUGCGGAAUUCCCUUUUGCAUAGCCUUCUUCGUGCUUGGAAUCAUAUCUUCUCUUGGAGACACUUACUUCAUUCAACAAGCAGAAACAAUGAAUCCCAUGAUUGGCAACUGGGACGUUCCUCUCCAAAUCCUUCAACUGUUUUGUCUACUUGCAAAAGCGGUUAUCGCCAAAUCUUAUUCGAAAAUAGCAGAUAAAUUUUAUGGCAACGCGAGAUCAAAGUCUGCUCGUAGACUAGAUGAAGUCGAGAAACAUAUGUUAUACGUCACCUAUAACACAGUUCCGUUGACUAUGUUUUCGUUGGUUCCACAAUACCUACUCCUUGGGGGGCUUGAUGGAAUUGUAGAGGAAAGCAUUGAUCUAUUCUUCAGUGAUCCGGCCCCUAACUCUUGCAACCAGUUUAUGGGUGGUUUUGCUUACGGAUUUGGAACCAUUGGCAGUAUCUUGUCGGUUUAUUUAGCUCGUCACAUCAGUGCUUGGGGAGACGAUACUAGCUGGUUCGAAGACCACCUAAACGAUAGCCGUUUCGAUAAGUAUUGUUGGGUAAUGACAGGGCAGAGUGCAGGUAAUUUUAUAUUUUGCUUGAUCUUGUAUUAUCUCACUGAUUUGAGAUUGGCAGCGUCGACGGAGUCUCAUCCUCAGGCUACCACCUCUGUUGAUGUCAACAAUGAAAUCGAGUUGGUCGAAUUAGACUCAGCUGUUUCUUCUUCCGGAGGAGGGAGGUACGAGGGCGACGGUGGUGAGAAAUCUGACCACCACGGACGGUGGCACUCCGAUCAGAAUCAAGCUGUGCUACUGGUACGGUUUUCUUCAUCUCUUUGCUCUGAGUCUAUUGGGACUGGAAUCACCUCAAUCGGACACCGGACGGCGCAUAUAUCACGAUCGGAAGUUUGGGUGUAUUUUGUACCUUUGGCCGCCGAGUGUGGCGUCGUCCGGCGGAGUUGGCGGCUGGAAGACACCAAUCCGGACUCAGCUCGACGCGAUCUUUCCAACGAGCUAGGAGGUAUCGAAAAUGGACGCCGGAAUCUCACCGGAGGUGGGUCGGCCGUGCGUGGAGAAAAGGAGAGAAAAUGA